UGCAUUCGAACGGCAGGUACGACUCCGCAAACCUGCAUUCGGCACAUGUGGUAGAGACGGGAAAGCUACAACACCACUCACUCCCCUUGCACACCACACAAUUUGACAGCGCGAGAGCCGUCGGGGGACAUCCCUCCUUUCGUCUCAACUAGAGCAUCCCCGAAUUCAUUGACCACCGACAGCGAAAGCGAGAGACAUGUACCGUUCCCCUCGCCAUCAUCCCAUGGACUCAAACCGGCCCAAUGAAUUCAGCCACCCCACGCCUCCCGACAAACCGACAAAACGCCCACGGGACGAACACGCAGUAGUAGCCGGGCGGCGCACAUCGAAUGGGGAGGUCUCGACCUCUGCCGCGACCGAGCAGCCGACACUCUACACGCAUUCGACCACGUACCCAACGACAUCAACCCCCGCAGCGUACACCCACGCAACAUUAGAAACCCUCGCCGCGGUCGCGACCUCCCUCUUGGAGUUACGGCAUGCGGAGACGCGCGGCCGUCCCAGCACCGCCGGUGUGGUGUCUGAAGCGGUCAAAGCGAAGCCGCCGGUGGUGGUUGUGCAACCGCAGCCGCGCCGGCAGCCAUCGACCGAUGUGGAGAAGGCCGGGAGGAAGCGCGUGGUCGCGAAGGCUGCGGAAGGGGUGGAGGUAGACGGUCGCCGGGUUGAGAAGGUGGGAAGAGAUGCCCAAACCGCAUCCAGUUCCUCACAAACCUCACGAACCUCACACACCAUCAUCACAUCUCUGCCCCAAAUCCCACCCAUAUCGCCCCCCCGACGGUCACCCCGACACCACUCGACAUCAACAUCAUCCACGCGCACACAACCGACCUACCCACCACUUUUGAAACCGACCCCCCGCGCCGCGACGGAUUCGGAGUGUGGGGAGGUGUUGAGGAGGGUUUUUGAGGAUGUCACCGCCGCUGCCGUUCCACACCCUAGCACCACCAAGCAACAACAGCAGCGACAACGGCUAGGGGAUCCACGACAGGCGAGGAAGGAUGCGGGCCAGGUCUUGCGAUCGGCGGCCUCGACAGCACGCUCACUACCAUCACAACGACCGCCAUCACCACCACCGGGGAAUAGCCGUGCGGAGACAUCCGCAUACCCACCCCCGACAACAACCCCACCCCCGCACCCGCACCCGCACCCGAAACGCCGCACCUCCCUGAAAGAUCCACGACCGGCGCAGCGGGCGCGGCGGGCGGCGUCACCGUCCCCAUCGCAGUCGUCGGCUGUCCCGCAUGUAGACGAAUCGCGGGACUCGGUCGCAUAUACCCCCGGUCGUGGUGAACCCGACUCGAGAGGGGUCAAAGGGCCGCGCCGUGUGUCGACGGGAGUGAGCAGCCUCCCCCGUCUCCGCCCCGAACUCCGGGCGCGCCUGAAGGCGUUUGAUGCGUUUGUGUGGCGGUAUGAGUCGCUUUAUGGUCAAGUGAAAUCCGACACGCACCUCAAAUCCCAAGCCCCGAACGUCCUGAUCACCUACCUGAUCUGCCAACGCUCGGCGCACGCACGGAACGGGGGGAGGGCCCCGCCCCCGCCGCCGAGGUUGAGGAUGCCGCCGCGCCCGGCGCACAGGGGUGGGAACUCUGCGUCGUCGGUCUCGUCCACGGUGUCGGCAAGGCCGGUGUCGGGGCCAACACAUGCGAAUGGGAACCCCCGGGGGGCGAGCGCGACGACUGCACAGGGGCGGGAUGAUGCCAAAACGGCCACGAUAACAACCGCGCCGGCCCCGCUCCACCCCCUCGGCGACCUACGCUCCUCCUCCUCCGGGUCGCGAUCGGUGUCGGUCCAAGGUCCGAUGGAGUAUGCCGCGCGUCCGAAUCAUGAGCAUGUAUACCCAUACUCGGACUGGAAGAAUGGCUACCACGAUCCGCCGCCUCCCCAACAUAGUUUGUCGUGGUCACCACCGCCCGGAGCGACGUAUCCCCACCACCAACAUCAGACGCAACAACAGUCGCGACAAGCAUACCCCUCCGCGACACCCUCGUCCUCCUCACCCGCUGCGGCGGCGUUCUAUACAACGUACCCUCCCCCGACGACGUAUGAGCAGGACCCGCGGUAUACCCAGCAUGCGUUUUACCCCCCGCCGAUGAUGUAUGCGGAUGGGUACACGCGAUACCCCCGAGAGAGCUACGGGUAUCCCGCACAUCCACAGACACUCUCGACACACCCACCCACACACACCCACCCACAUGCACAUCCGCCGCCACCGCAUGUACACCCCCAUCGGCCUGCACCGGAUAUGUACCCGCCCGCUACAUACACACAUCCACACUUCCAACACUACCCACCCAAUCAACACCCCCGCCGCCCGCACCCCUCCUACCCGUCCCAUGACACAACCGCGUACCCCUCAGUCCCCCCGCAAACCCACCUGCAAUCGGACGGCACACUGACCAGCGCCGGAACCUGGACGGGCCCGUCCCCGCCACCGGGAUACCACGAUCCGAGAGUCGACACGCACCCGCCCCCGGACCCGCCCCCGGACAGCAACCGGAAACAGGACCGCCCGACACAUGAUGGGCAGGACCACCGACGAGAUGAAUACACCGCCCCCGUGACGAUCCCGCCCCACGGCUAUCACACCCUGGAAUAUCACCGCCCGUAUCCGUACCCGCACCAGCAGCCCUACGUGCACUACCCGCCGGGGGACCCCGCCGGAAUGAUGGGGUUUCACCACCCUCGCGGAGGUGUGUAGUGAGGGACGCUUGUGGUGUUUGAGGAAAAUAUAUAUAUACCCCCUGGUUUCUUUUUGUGGCUGAUGCUUCCUUUGGAAAUGGAGUAAUGGAGUGGGCGUCGUUUGGGAGUUCAGGGGCGUUUUGGGGUUUGAUGAUGUUCGCGUGGGGAUGGUGGACGGUUGGAAGGCGGAAGAGGCCACGGGUUGCGGGUUGAUGUUCUGAAUUGGGAUGCUGCACCCGGCCAUUCGCUUGGCUGCUGCUUGUUUCUCGGGCACAUGUAAAGCUUCGUCCUUCAAGCUGAGAGCCAUUGCAUCCAGCAUUGACUCGCUGCUCGGGUAUCUAAACUUCUAAAGGACAUUCACACGGGUGCCCGCUACGCAAUCCCCCAUCUCUGCCUACCCAUCCCCAUAAGUACUGUACUGUACUGUACGCCGCUUGCCGCCCCACUAAACAACAACAAUCCUCGCCCCAACAC